GUCGUGAGAGCUGCAGCAGUCAGUCGGCGAACGAGCUCCGGCGUAUAUCGAUCGAUCUUCAUUCCAAGAGCGAUACUUGUCCGAAAUGAGAUUGCAGUGCCUGUUGUUACUGGCGCCAUGCCUGGCGCUGGUGGUCCUUGGCCAGGAGACGGCCCCACAAGCCACAGUCACGACGGGGGAUGCUGGCGAGCAGGAAAACCCCAACAAUGGCACCGCCGACACCAAGCCACGAAUGCCCACUGAGGAAACGAUCCUUGGCCAGAUGCCGCCCAUCACACCCUUGCGCAGCGGCGUGCCCUCCCUAGAUGCUUUCUACAUGCUCUUCCCCGCACUGGGCAGCCUUUUGCGGUGGGGAGCACUCUUUCCGGCACCCACGAUCCUCGGCGCCGUGCCCGAUUCUCUCCAGCCCACGGCGGCGGCCUCAAAGGUGGUCCUAGUGCUGGCGGAUGAUCCCACGGCCAAGACGCGUGUUCCCCGCCAGGAUGCCCCACCACCAACGAACCCGUUCGGCCAGUUCCUCGCCCAAAUGCCCAACGCAAACUUUGCCCAAGGCUUGAUGAAUCCCGCAAACUUCAAUCCGGAUAACUUUAACCUCGGACAGAUGGCCCCCAAUGUAGGCCAGGCACUUACCAACAUGCAGCUGCCACCGAUGCCAACAAUGCCGCAAUUCGGUUUCGAGAACAUCCUGGGUGCCGCUCCUCCACCGCCGCCCGCUGCUCUGCCGCCAGCACCAGCAGAGCCUGCCCCUCCAGCAGACAAGCCAGCCGAUGAACCAAAUGCCCCGGUGGCAGCUCCGAAUCCCUUUGCGUUCCUCAACCCCAGCAACUUUGAUAUGAACCAAAUGUUGGGUCAGGCUCAACAGAGUCUGCCCCAGAUGCCCAGCGGCGUGGAUUUCUUCAGCAAUCUGCGACAGAUGUGGCCGGGAGCACCGCCCGCCAGUCCUGCGCCCGGCUCUGAGGGCCAGGCCUCAGACAUAUCCGAGAUUCGUGUGAGGCCCGAGGAGGCCGCCUACUCGCAAGAGAACAAUCUGGAUGAGAAGGAGCGUGUGCCGCUGCUCUGGUUUCGCAUGCCCAUGAACCGUCAAGGCGAUGAGGGAGAGUCCAAGCCGCUUGAGGAUCUGCGCGUUGAGGCAAAGCUGAGAGCGUUCGAGCGCCAAGUGAUUGCUGAGCUCAAAAUGCUGCAGCAGAUUGAGCGCGUGGCCAGGGAGAUGCGCUCAAGCGCCGCCUCCAGCAGGGGCAGCAGCACAAGCGGCUCCCCCUUCAAGAUCAGCUAUCCCCUGAGUCGCACUCCCGUUCACAAGAUCACACGAGCAGACAUUGAGCAGGCGCUGCGCGACGACUACGUCCGUCGUCUGCUGCACAAGGAGGCGCAGCGGAAGUCGCGAGCCAAUCAUGCCGCCUUCAAGCGCCAGACCAUGCCCGCGGAUGCGUCCAUGUCCAAGGAGGAUAUUGUGAAGAUCAUGGCCUAUGCCUAUCGCAUGGCAACAGAGCAGCAAACGGCAGAGAAAAACAAAGAGGACAAGAUCUAUGCUGCCUACCGCGCAACUGGAGAUAAGCCACAACAGCAGGAGCGACAGAUGCAGCAGCAACCAAUGAUGAUGCAGCAGCAGCCCAUGCCUCAGAUGCAACAGAGGCAGUGGGAAGCCGAGAAACAGGAGGCUAAAAUGCAACAGAAUCCCAUGAUGAUGAUGCAGCAGGAGCAGCAGAGGCAAUGGGAAGCCGAGCAAAACGAAGCGAAAAUGCAACAGCAGAGACAGAUGAUGGCGGAACAGCGGCCCAUGAUGAUCCAGCAGCAGCAGAGGCAGUGGGAAGCCGAGCAAAAAGAGGCCAAAAUUCAGCAGAUUCCCAUGAUGAUGCAGCAGAGGCAGUGGGAAGCCGUGCAAAAAGAGGCCAAAAUUCAGCAGAAUCCCAUGAUGAUGCAGCAGAGGCAGUGGGAAGUGGAGCAACAGCAGCAGCGACAAAUGAUGGCGGAGCAUGCGCAAAUGCAACAGCAGCCCAUGAUGCACAUGCAGCAGCGAAUGGAGCAGCAGCAGCAGCAGCAGCACCAACCGAUGAUGCAAGAACCCAUGCGAAUCGAGCAGCAGCCCAUGAUGAUGCAGCAGCGACAGAUGGCAAUGGAGCCGCCACAAAUGCAACAGAAUCCCAUGAUGCAAAUGCAGCAAAGGCAGUGGGAAGCGGAGCAAAAAGAGGCCAAACUGCAGCAGCAAAGACAGUGGGAGGCUGAGCAAAAUGAUGCCAAAAUGCAGCAGAAUCCUAUGAUGAUCCAGCAGCAGCAAAACGAGGCCAAAAUGCAGCAGCAGCAAAGGCAGUGGGAAGCGGAGAAACAGGAGGCCAAAAUCCAACAGAAUCCCAUGAUGAUGCAGCAGCAGAGGCAGUGGGAAGCGGAGAAGCAAGAGGCCAAAAUCCAACAGAACCCAAUGAUGAUGCAGCAGCAAAGACAAAUGACAAUGGAUCCCAUGCAAAUGCAGCAGCUGGACUCAGCCCGUCAAUGGGGUGAGCCCCAAGGUGACGCAGGAGAAGAGGGUGAAGCGAUGCUGGGCGAGGCAGAGCCACAGAUGCCGGAGGUACCUGGUCAGGCACGCCACAAAGUCGACAUGCUGGGCCUGGGUGGCAACAAGCGCAAGAAGUCCAAGCAUGGCCAGGGAUCGCCCACAGUGAUCAACUACUAUGCCGUGCAGCAGCAGCAGCAACGGCCACAGCCCAGCUAUGGCACUAGCUACGGUGGCGGCGGCUACGGAUCGAAUGCUUACGGAGGCGGUGGCUAUUCAAGCGGCGGCUACUCCAGCGGAGGGUACUCCAGCGGAGGUCAUUCGAGCGGAGGGUACUCCAGCGGCGGACAUUCGAGCGGAGGGUACUCUAGCGGCGGCUAUCGGGCUGCCCUGGGCAAUGAGGAGGUCGACGAGAUGCUGCGACAGCAUCAGACAAUGGCGAGGACAAUAAAUCCCGGCAAUCCCAACGGAGUGCAGCAGCAGGAGCAGGAGGAGCGAAGUAUUAACCAGACGACCCCACAAUUGACGCCAACACAGCGACUACACAAAAGUCAAUCAUCAGCAUCAACCGCAUCUGAAUCAGAGUCAGAGACUGAGUCAGAGUCCGAUCCAGUUUUGGGCUCAAAAUACAGUUUCAAAGAGGGGAUAUUGCAGCCGUAUAUGGGCCUGCUGCCAAUAUCUCAUCCCGAUGAUCCCUGGACCCACAAAGCGUACGAUCCCCACCAUGCUUUGUACACUGGAGGCGGCAGCUAUGCGGCAUACCUUAAGGAUAACGAUGGACGGCGUCGCCGGGAUACGCACAUCAUGCCACAGCUAGCGCAUCAGCGAAGUCUACUCACACCCGAUAUGCUGGAGCGUUUGUUGCGCAUCAAAAUCGAGUUCCAGCGACGCUUUCCACAUCUCUACAAGACCAUGCUCAGUCACCAUACCAACCAGACACGCGUAGAGGUCCAGCCACCGGUGCUGGGCAGGAAGACAGCAGUCUUAAAGGAAGCCAAGCCCAAGUAUGCGUCGGACGAGGGGCCCGUCUAUGAGCUGGGCGCCGCCGAGCGUGGACUCUUUGAGGAGGAGGAGGAGGAUCAAGCGGAGGCAGCGGCAGACCCAGAACCGAAUCUAGAUAUAAAGGAGAGCCAAGAGUCGAGCAACAACAACAACGAUGAUGAGGGCAUGGACACCUCUGGCAGAAAGGAACAGGAUGACAAUGAACUCGAUUACUUUAACUUCGAUGAUGAUGAUGAUGAUACGGAUAAUAUUGAUGAUUAGACUUUUGCUAUUUCAAAAUAAAA